AAUUUCCCGGUAUCCUGACCGUUUCUGCGUCGACAGGAACCGCCUUCCAAAAAAAGGCCAUUUUGGAUGCUUCUCCAGCCUUGGGCAUCGCUUCGCUGAAGAAAAGGGCUAGUCGGCCUGGCCCGCCCUGCACCCAGAGACAUUCCAUUGCCGACCACCUUCUUCCGCUAGACUUGGCAAACAUGCAGGAUCCCCAGCGCCUGCUCGCGGGGGCGGUCGCCCUGCUGCGCCGCCUCGUCGUGACGAGGAAGCUCCCCAUCGCCGCCGCCGUGCUGGUGCUGAUGGUGAUCACGGUCAAUCACCUGACGGACAACGCCGUUGGCGACGCCGUCUGGCGCCCGACCCCCAUCCCGGACGACCCUCCGGGCGCCUGGGAUCACCACCCCGUCGUGCUGCUCCACCAGCAGGCCGAGAUCCAGCACCAGGCCUUCCUCAACCGGCAGUCCAGGAAUCCAGACGAGGCCGAGGAGGUCUACAGGCGCCGCUACGCCAUGGACCCGCCGCCCGGCUACCGGCGCUGGGUCGAGUACGCGCUGGCCAGCGGGUCGCCCGUCAUCGACGACUUUGACAUGAUAGCCGAGGGCGUCCACCCCUUCCUGAAGCACACCGCCGCCGACCUGAAAGCGCGAAUCGAGGCCGUCAGGCACGACCCCCUCGCGAACCAGGUCGGCCUCUGCCGGUUCGAGGGCGGCAAAUUCACGUCGGGCUGCCGCAUGUGGGGUCCGCCCAUGAACCUCAUACUAGGCGGCGCGGGCCAGCACGUGCCCGACGUCGAGCUGCUCAUCAACUUCCUGGACGAGCCGUCGCUGCUGCCGACGGCCGAGGCGGCGCGCCACAACGGCACCGCCGCCGCCGCGUCGCCCUGGGCCGACCUGGGCCGCCACUCCAUCGCCGCGGCCGUCAACGAGAGCUGUGUCGCGCAGGGCCGCACGCCCCGCGCCGACGUGCCGCCGGGCGGCGACUACUUCGGCAUCCCCUUCGUCGCCGACCCGGCCGGCGGCCGCGACCUGUGCGGCCACCCCGAGUUCGAGACGCAGCACGGCUUCGUGGCCUGCCCGACCACGCUCAAGCGCCUGGCCUCGUCGGUGCCCAUCCUGUCGCAGUCGGCGCCGCACCCCUUCACCGACAUCGUCUUCCCCAGCCACCUCUACGCGCGCGCGUCCAACCAGCCCGCAAAGUGGUCCGACCGCCUCUGGGGGUCCAAGCGCAACGCCGCCUACUGGGCCGGGUCCACGACGGGCGGCGAGUGGUCGUCGGCCACGUGGCGCAGCGGCCUGCGCCAGCGGCUCGUCAUGCUCGCCACGGGCAAGGCCGAGGGGGGCGGCGGCGAUGGGAACCAGGCCACGACGGUCCUCCGCCACGACGCGGCGUCCAACACGGUUGUGCCGCAGCAGGGCGCGCCCGUCGACACGUCCAUGUUCGAGGUGCGCCUCACAAACAUGAUCAACUGCGACGCCGAGCCGGCCGCGUGCGACGAGCAGCGCCGCUUCUUCGGCGUCCCCGGGGACCGCCACCCGGGCUCGCGGGCGCUGCGGUACCAGCUCGCCCUAGACCUAGACGGCAACAGCUUCAGCAUGCGCUUCUACCGGUUCCUGGCCUCGCGCAGCUGCCCGCUCAAGGUGACCGUGUUCCGCGAGUGGCACGACGAGCGCCUGCGGCCGUGGCUGCACUACAUACCCGUCAGCGUCGGCAUGAGGGAGCUGCCCGAGCUGGUGCGGUUCCUGACGAGGACGGCCGCGGGCCAGCGCGUCGCCCGCCGCGUCGCCGAGGCCGGCAGGGAGUGGUACCCCAAGGCCGUCUCGCCGCCGCACCAGGGCAUCUACCUGUACCGGCUGAUGCUGGAGAUGGCGAGGCUGCAGGACGACGGGCGCAAGGCGGCGUGAUGGGGGAGGAAAAGAGAGGGUGGGUUGCACAGCAUUUCACGAGUUUAUAGAGCUGCAAUAAUUCAUGUCGGAUACGAUUGAUAUUAAGUUUCUGAAGGAGGCCGGCUACGGUUGGGAAUAGUAGUAUCGCAC